ACUGAUGAGGUCGCCGCGUUGCUAGGCGACGUUUGCCGCUACGCUGUUAAAAAUGUUAUUUAAGUGGUCAACGAUCGGACACGGUUCGGUGUCUGUCGAUGAUAGACGCGACGAGAGUAAAAUGUGUCUUAAGUUUUAACAAAAAAAUAUUGUCGUGCCUGACAUUGAUUUUUUUUUAGCAAAUAAGAACGCACAUCGCGCGCAGUGUGUGCUUAUGAGUUGUCACGGCUGCGUAAAGAAUAUAAAAUGUAAGCGUAUAACGUUGUUGUGAUGCAUCGUUUUUUAUAUUUAUCGGUAAUUAGUGCAGGCAGCGCGCCGAGGGCAGCCCCGCGCGACACGUGGGUGAGGAAGGACCCCGGGGAAGGAGCUGCGUCGGUUUCUCUGUUCCGGCAUCAGCUGUGACCGAAGCUCAUUCACAAGUGACCCAGCUCAUUCACAGGUCAUCCCAGGGAGUUUUUUUGUUGUUGUUUUUUACCAAGAGAAGAUGAAGGACAUGAAUAAGGAGGUGAAUGAGGUGCGGGAGGCACUGGACGAGGUGACACUGGCCACUUUUGAUGACCUGGAGAACCUGUACUCUACACGGGAACGGCUCCAUGACCUCAUCCAGCAGGGUUGGCUGUCUCUCUCCAAGUCUCGCUACUCCAUGGGCAGCCGAGCCGUCUCGACUCUGCAGUACCCGCAUCACAUCACGCCCCAAGCCCAUGUUCACACAAGUGAGACGGAAGGAGACGGAUUACAGUUCCUCACGGAGCUCACGAGGGCCCAGACGAUGGAGCCAAGUGAGCACCAGCAGCACAAAGUGGAGGAGCUUGGAGCAGCUGAGAGCCCUGAACUGCGUAGAAGGAAGGCACCGCCCAGCAACGGUGUCAAAGAGGAGCCAUCAAUUCGUGACAAAUGCCCCAGGGAAGACAAGCAGGCGGGUUCGGAGAGCAGCGACCCACUGCGCUGGUUCGGCAUCCUGGUGCCACAGAACCUGCGACAAGCCCAGGGGAGCUUCCGAGAAGCAGUGUUGCUGGCGGGCGAGGUGGCCACGCUGCAGGCACGUGUGGAGGAGCGGCGGGUGCGCCAUCGAGCCCUGCUGGAGAAGAAAACCGCCCUCCUGGCGAAUGACGGGGAAACACGGGGCGAGGAGAGAGGGGAACUGCUUGCUGAGCAGUAAUAGCUCGUCUGGGGGGGGGGGGGUGAGGGAGGGGUAGUGUCGUCACAGCGACGUAGCGACCAGCUUAGUCUAAUUUACUGAAGCCCUUUCGUUUAUGCCAGUUGGGUCCCUCCGACAUUGGCAGACACAGGGGGUGACAGCCUCCUUUAAAACCCUGAGGGUUAUGUUCCUGAAAAUCAUCUCGGUUACCGUAUUUACCAGAAAAAAUACAUUGUGGUUUUUAUUUAUAGUAGGCACGAUGUAAAAAUGUUGGGACCACUCCCCUCCCCUUGGGAAGUUCCUACUUCCACCUCUGAGAUAUCUUCAAUUGUUGAGUGAACUUGUUGUGUGACUUUUGUUUUGCUCGUAUUUAUCUGGGUUAUUCUAUCAGUUGCUGUUAUUAAUGUCCAUUGGUCGUUAUAAUUAAUGACACUCGUAAAAAAUCUGAUGACACCGAUGUCAUGUGAACUAAAAAAGCAUGAGCUCACCGUGUUGUAACUUUUAGGCAACGUUAAAAGUGGUUGCAUAAACAGUGGGUACAGAGAUGGUGAGUUAUUGUCACGAUGCUCAGCUCCGGCAGAUAGUAAGACGAAUUCUGGAACUUUAUUGCAUCUGAAAUCAAUUUGUGGCGUCGCUAAAUAAAAGUAACGUCUGAUUAUAGCCUGGAACACUUUCUCAAGUCACCCGUGCUCCAAGUCCAGGUUCAAGACCCUCCUUUUCCCCGCUCUGCCUAUGACUGCCUUUAUCAAAAAUCAAGUUUGCUCACGGUUUCUCCACAGUGUCUUUAGACACGGUCACAUUUAUACGCUAUUGUAAACAAAUUGUAUUGUAAAUGGUUAUUAUUGUGAACAAAGAGUCUUGUUUCCCAGGCUCCUGGAACUGGGCUUAAAUGAACAAAUCUUGAAAGAA